CCGUUUAAAUAAAUCAAAUGCUCUCGAAGAAACAAAAAAUAAAAUAAAAUUGCUUUUCUUGAUUUGUUAGUUCUAAGUGAAUUAAUUUAGCUUAAAACAAAAACGAAUUGUUUGCACAAAAAAAAGCAACAGAAAAAGUCCAUUUUCAAGCAAAAGUUGAAAAUAAAUUCCAUACAAAAUGAGUAAAAUAUCAAAAGAAGAAUUAAAAGCUAAGAUAAUUGACAUUUUACAGAAAUCCGAUAAAGAACUUUUGUAUACAUUCACUCCAAAGAGUAUACGAACGCAAUUGGAACAAGAUCUAGGAUUUUCACUUCUAAGUCAGAAAGCUGAAAUUAAGGAUAUUGCCCACGAAGAGAUCCAUAAACUGAGCAAGGAGGAGGAAUCAGAAGAAUCCAAGGGUUCUGAGUCUUCGUCGGAAGAGGAGGAAUUGGAGAAACCAAAACUAGCACGUGCAUGUGCCCCAGCUAGAAAAGCCCCCGUCAAAAGAAAGAGAAAAGCUGCCAAAGACAGUAACUCAGAUUCCGAUAAUGACAACGAUGAGGAUUACAAGUCAAAGAAAUCUGCUAAAAAGUCGAGUGGUCCCAAGAAACAAACAGGUUUUACGCGUCCCUACAAUUUGUCGCCACAAUUGUCGGCCCUGAUGGGUGCCGACGCACUGCCACGCCAUGAAGUUGUGAAGAAGGUGUGGGCCAUCAUCAAGGAACGUAAUCUAUACGAUCCCAGGAACAAACAGUAUGCGAUUUGUGAUGCUGAGCUUAUGGAGGUUAUGAAGAUCAAACGGUUCCGCACCUUCGGAAUGCUUAAAUACUUGAAACCACAUUUCUUAAAUUAAGAACCAUAAAUUGUGACUGGUGCUUAGAAUUUAUAAGAAUCUAUAUUAAAGAAAAAGAAGUUUGUUAACAUAAGAUAACACUGGAGUAGAGGAGUGUAGUGAAGCGGAGAGAAGAGAAGAUAUUAAAACUAAUGUUCGUCCCUGAGCCCCAAGCCCCGAGGCGUGGACUGAUUGACAUACAUACAUACAUUUUAUAUAUUUUUUUAUUUAAAGAUAAUUUCUUGUAUUUUCCAGGAGCUACAGCAUGAGAAAAAUAUGAAAGAUAAGGAUAAUAAUAAAUUUUAUUAUUCUUGUGGUAUUUUUGUAAAACAGUUGCAUGUUAAUUUUGUAUAAAUUAAGAUGUGUCCAAGUCUGAUUGAUACGCAUCAAUUAUUCUAGCGUAGAAUUAGUUUCAGAUAGAUUUUGUUUUAUAUAUAAAACAAAACAUAAAAAAUGUAUCACUUUAUAAUAUAAUUAAAAUUUGAGUUUUGAAUAAAUUGAUUAAUUUUUUAA